AUGCCGCCGAAAAAGGACAAAGCCGGUUCGUCGUCCAAAGUGGCGGUGGACAAGACGUUCGGUAUGAAGAACAAAAAGGGCGGCAAAGGGCAAAAGACAGUAGCCAUGAUUCAGCAACAGCAAAAAGUGGCGGGCAAAUCGAAAGAGCAGUUGGCGAAAGAGAAGCAAAAGGAGCAAGAAAAGAAAGCGGCAGCGAUGGCAGCGAAAGAGCGAGCGGCGGAUCCAUUGUUCAGCAUUAUCCAGCCGAAAGUACCGUUUGGUGUGGAUCCAAAGACGGUAACGUGUGCAUUUUGGAAAGCGGGACGAUGCGAUAAGGGGACGAAAUGCAAAUAUGGACAUAGCAAUGAUGCGGGACGAAAGACGGAGAAGAAGGACUUGUACGUCGACAUGCGCGAUGAAGAGGAAGACAAAAAGUUGGACACCAUGGACAAAUGGGACGAUGCCAAGUUGAAUUCCGUGAUUCUCUCCAAGCACGGCAAUCCACGUUCGACAACUGACAAAGUAUGCAAGUUCUUCCUUCAAGCUGUAGAAGACGGCAAGUACGGCUGGUUCUGGGAAUGCCCCAACGGCGGCGAAAAAUGCAUGUACCGCCACCGUCUACCGCCAGGCUUUGUGCUCAAGAGCCAGAAGAAAGAGCUCGAAGCGCUCGAAAAGGCCAAUGAAAUCUCGCUCGAAGAGUUCCUGGAAACCGAACGCCACAAGCUCGGACGCAACCUCACGCCUGUCACCGCGGAAUCCUUCGCAAAAUGGAAGAAGGAACGUAUGGACAAGAAACAGGCCGAGCACGAGAUGCUCAAGAAGAAAAAGGAGGCGCAGGCCGCUGCCAACAAGAUGGCGGGUCUCAGUGGAAGAGAAAUGUUCAGCUUGAACCCGGACAUGUUCGUCGACGACGACGACGACGCAGAUGACGAUGGAGAGUUCGAUUUGAACCAGUACAUGAGCAACAACUGGGAACAGGGCAGACAGGACGAACAGCAACAAGCCGCCAUCUAUGACGAUCAAGACAGCCCAGACGCCGCCGCGAAUCGCCUCGGCAAGUUGUCCGUUUGA